AUGCUAGCUUACGGAGCCCUGGUUUGGUGGCCGAGAACAGAGCUCCAAACGGCAGUAAUCAAACUUGGACGCUUCCAAAGGCUUGCGUUGUCCGCUGCAAGCGGCUGCAUGAAAACAACGCCUACUACAGCUUUGGAGAUAGUCCUACAAGUUUUGCCUCUGGACCUGCACAUACAGCAGGAGGCGGCACUGGCUGCCAUCAGGCUGAAGGUGCUAGAUCUAUGGGGCAAAAAUCACUACAGCACACACACAGCGAUUCUUAACAGGGUGAUAGAGUACCAACCUCUAUUAGCCGCUCCAUGUGAUAGGAUCGCAAAUCAGAACAUACUUAACAGAAGAUGCCAUGUGCAAAUGAGAGAAGAGGAAUGUGAUAGAUCACCCCUGAAUGAGCUGCGCAUAUACACCGAUGGCUCAAAAACAGGCUGUGGCUCUGGAGCUGGCAUAUUCUCUCUUGAUCUCAACAUCAACAUACACCUGCCCUUGGGCACAUACAGCUUGAUCUUUCAGUGCGAAUGUGUCGCUAUAACUGAAGCAGCCAGAGCCGUGCAGCGGUUAGGAAUUAAUAACUUUUGUAUUAAGUUCGUAUCCGACAGUGCGUCUGUGCUGAUGACGUUGGUAAGCAAAAAGACCAACAGAAGACUGAUACUGGAGUGUCACGAUGCACUGGAGGCAAUAACCCUGACAAACAGAGUUACCCUGCAGUGGAUCAAGGGACAUAGUGGAUCACUUGGCAACGAUGCUGCCGAUGAGCUUGCGAGAAGAGAGGCCUGCAGGUCCGUAUCCGCUUCUUCCCUUAUCCUUCUCGCAGGUGCGAGCCUGGGUAUGCCAGUGAUCCACAGAGCUCCAACAUCAACGUUGGUCACAAGGUGCGGGCUGCAGACAGUCCAAAAUGGCUCUGCCAGCAGUCAACCGACAGCUUACCAAACAACUUCUAAACUUGAAUAG